GAUUAUUAAGGUAUAUAGCUCAACCAGAAAUCCAAGAUAGAGGCAGAUUAAAAAAAAAAAAAUCAGUGGGUUGUCUCCUCUCCCAAGACCUCUCUGCCUCUCCAAAACCAAAAACCACAAACAACUUAUUCCUACAUAUUCAGAAGAUCAAUGUGGAGGCUGAAGAUUGCAGAGGGUAGUAAUGGCAAUGAGUCUUUCCUCUUUACCACAAACAACUUCGUGGGGAGACAAACAUGGGAGUUUGACGCCGAUGCCGGUACACCUGAGGAGCGAGCCGAGGUUGAAGACGCCCGUCUUAAUUAUUACAACAACCGCCAUAACAUCAAGCCCUGCAGCGACCUCCUAUGGCGAACGCAGUUUUUAAGAGAGAAAAAUUUCCAACAGACAAUUCCCCAAGUGAAGCUUGAGGAUGGUGAGGAAAUUACAUAUGAAACUGUCACAACCACGUUAAGGAGAGCCACCCACUUCUUUUCAGCUUUGCAGGCCACCGACGGCCAUUGGCCUUCUGAAAUUUCUGGCAUAUCAUUUUCCCUUCCUCCAUUUAUCAUUUGUCUAUACAUUACAGGGCAUCUUAAUACUAUAUUCACUACAGAACAUCGCAAAGAAAUCCUUCGAUAUAUAUACAAUCAUCAGAACAAAGAUGGUGGAUGGGGAUUACAUAUAGUGAGUCAUAGUAGUAUGUAUGCUACAACUUUGCACUACAUUAGCAUGCGUAUACUUGGAGAAGAAGGUGAUGGUGGUGAGGGUGACGCUUGUGCGAGAGCACGAAAGUGGAUUCUCGACCAUGGUGGUGUAACACAUAUACUAUCUUGGGGAACGAUUUGGCUUUCGAUACUUGGUGUGUAUGAAUGGUCUGGAUGCAAUCCGAUUCCUCCAGAGUUUUGGAUGUUUCAUCCUUUUCUUCCGAUUGAUCCUGGUAUGCACCAUUCCCUUUUCUUUCUCAAUUUCUUAGUUCAUAGGAUCUAUUUCAAUAGACGUAACAGGCUGAAGAUGUUGGUUAAUUAG